AUGCUUCGCUACUUUACCGGACAGGCGGUUCCAAAUCUCAUGUCUGGGUUGACUAGCAGCGCGGAUCAAUCGAGCAUUUCUGGACCUAGUGAAUUCGCUAAUCCUGCGAUUUCUCUCUACAUUUUGAAGCUGAGAGAAAAAUAUCGGCUAGAUCCAAUUGACUCUCUCAUGGUGGAACACUACUUUCUAUCGUCAUACAGAACUUUUCUGGACAAGAACACUGAGAAAGUAUGGCUCAGCGCUAUGGCAAAUCUCGCCGAAGAACAUGUUUUUCUUCUCCAUGGAAUUCUGGCCUGCACAGCUCUUCAUAUGGCUCACUUGUACCCAAUACAGAGCCAAGCCUAUAUCCUUCGUGCUUGUGUUCAUCAAGAAUCAGCCCUUCCGCUAUUUAGCCACGCAAUCGAGCACCCCACAGAACACAACUGCGAUGCAAUAGUGACAUUUGCACACCUGCUAGUAGUUUACUCGUUUGCAUCGGAUCUCGAAAAUUCCAAUAGUUCACUACUGCUUGUUGAGAACACUGGCGCAGGCCACCGCCAAAGCCUUGUACUCCCCCAAUGGCUCCAUUUUUUUCGCACCGGUUGUGUGAUGUUAAUGAGCGUCUGGGACCGAAUUGAGAGUGGACCAGUUAGCCUUUUAGCAGAAGCAUACGAAACAGAACUCGAGAUUCCAACCGGGAACUUGCCAUAUUUGGAUCAUUUCCUGUCCAUCAUUCCCCAGGACAAAUCAUGGUCUGAUCAAAGCAUCGUCAUAUACCGGCAUGCCGCAACUGCACUCGCCAAAGCAUUUGCGUAUUUAGGGCAUACCAAGGACGAUCUUCAUGUUAGCACGUGGAAUAUUCUGGGUCUUUGGCCUGUUCGGGUGGAAGAUGAGUUUUUUGAAUUGCUUUCCUCGAAACACCCUGGGGCAUUGAUCCUCCUUGCGUAUUACUGUGUGAUUUUGAAGCAUAUGGAGGAGUGCUGGUACUUUGGAGGUAGGCCUGCCAAGCUGAUUGCUUCUAUUGCGGCUGUCCUGCCUUUGAGGUGGCACCCUUUUAUCCAAGAGGCUGUUUCUGGGGUUGCAAAUCCCAUCUGA